CACUAUUUAAAGCCACCAUUGUGGAGGUGUAUAAUCCUAUCCUCCCCUCGCCCUGUUUAUUAAGAUCUGCCUCCGAACUUCAGUACAGGAAGUAUGCACAGUAUACGGGAAAGCAUCUCCCAUGAUUUGUGAAAUGAAAUUCACUGUGUAAGGAUGCUGAAUAGUGCCUGUUUGUGAAAGACUGGUGAUUGUUUGUGGUAUACUGGUGCCUGUCGGUCAAAUACUGCUGAAUGGUGUUUGUCGGUUCUCCCUUAACCGAUGUAUAUCUGUACAUGAGUGUUGGUUACCCCGUGAGCUACCACAGUUUUGAUGUCACUGAAAAAGAAAGCACUGCAGAAGGAACAGUGAAGAACAAAGUUGAAGAUCAUGUUGGAUUGGCCCCUAAACAUGGGUAUUGCCACGCAAGACCAAAGAGCCAUCUCGUCGAAUCUAUACUAACAUUUCUAUGCUUUCCACCCACCGCAAUUGUUGCAAUUUUCUUUGCUUUGAAGGUGAAUCGUUUCUACGAUGUCUAUGAAUAUGCUGCUGCUUACAAGGCCUCCAAAAGAGCCAGAACUUUCGCUUUCAUUUCGUUUUUACUCGGACUCGUGAUGUGGAUUCUGAUAUUGACAUUGUGGAAAGUCAGAUUCCGUUAACAUACGUGAGUCGUGUGUUACGCUUUUCGUGGAAAAUUUUCAAUAUUCUGUUUCCAUAAAAUGAUUAUUUAUUGACCGGCGAAAAGUACAUAUACAUGUACAGGUGCAAAUGAGUAGAAAUAUGAAGGAUAUUUUUUAAAAAAAGAAGAAGAAGGAACUGCUACAUUGUGUGAGAUUAAUAAAAUCUGCAUCAUUAUU